GUCAACGCCUUGCGUUUCUGCACGAACGGUGGAGUUAACGACACCAUUAAGCAGGCAACUGCUCGGAUCUUCGACGUUGCUUAUCAGUUGCUCACUUGUACAACGCCAGGUGCCAUCCAGGCCGCAGCGCCUGUCAUUGUCGGACGGGUUAACCUCAACAACUACCAGGUCUGGUACAUUUUUGACGUGCGGGUCGCUGAGGAGAUUCGCCGAGUGUUCGCCGCUGCUCCUCCUGAGCUUCGCUGGGUCUUUGACAUGUUCUGCCGUCCAAGGGGGCUGUCGCCGUACGAUGCUACCUUUGGUCCUGGCCUCAGCGGUUAUUCGCCUGUUGUCGCCCGUACGACGCUCCAUGCCCGUCAAAUCUUGGGUGGCCGACCCUCGUACCUCAAGGCCUUCCUCGUCUAUUCGCGUGGCGCCCUUAAUGCUACGUUCUGCGAUAACUGUGCGCCAGUCUUGGACGGGGCGAAGGAGUUCACGGCCUUUGCUAGUUGUGUCUCUAUCCAUGGAGAGUGGGGUGGUGCGUGUAGCAAUUGCAUCUAG